GGCGGCGUACCCGAGAUCUUCACGACGGAUCCUGCCUCGAAAACGACGGAAUUGGUGCUGAACAAGCGACUAGGAUUCGUCAAGCUUGCGAUGCGGCAAGGCGCAGAGCUGGUACUAACCUUCGCCUUUGGCGAAAACAUGUGGAACCCGCCGACGGCUGUGAUCCGUUUCUUCCGCGCGCUGGGCAUCUCCAUGAUCAUCUUCUGGGGCAAGUUCUGGUGGAUGCCCAAAGCUCCAUCCAAGGGCAAGCGCUUCGGACUCGUGUACGGGAAACCAAUCUCCACGAAGCUCACUGAGAACCCGACGGACGAGGAGGUUCCAGCUAUUCACAGUCAGUAUAUUGCCGAGCUCGAGCGCAUUUUCAAGCAGUACAAGGCGGAGUUCGGCUAUGAGGAGGGCGAGACGUUAGCCAUCAUU